UGGCCUUGGAUGUCUCUGCUCUCUUCCCCUGCCUUUUAGCCUUACAACUUUCCUCUUUAUAUAUAUACAUUGUCAUAUGAAAAGCAUGUUUUCUUGUCAUCUUGUUUUGCCGUCACACAUGUCUUGAUACUUAAAAAACCGUAUCUUUCUGUCCAUUUGACGUGUCAGUGUGUCCAUGUACCUACUUGCUAGUUUUUCAUGCAAGGGCUUAUUGGUUGUCCUUGCCAUGCAAAUAUGGAUACUCAGAAUUCUCAGGGGAAGGACUUCUUCUAUGUUAUAAAUUCACCCCAUUUUUUCACCUUCAAAGACAACCAAAACCAUUCCUACUUUUUAUUUUAAUUUCUUCCUUUUUAGCUUCAGUAGGGAAUCAGGAUGACAAUUCUCAUUGAGCAGCCUGAAUUUGAAAUUGGGGUUGAGGAGAGGCAUAAGGUUGCAGAUGGGGGAUUUGUGGCUCCUCAUAUCAACUCUUUUGGCCACACUUUCAGAGGUUAUCAUGUAGAAAGUGAAAGGCAAAAAGGAGUAGAGGAAUUCUACAGAACAAAUCACAUUAAUCAGACUGUUGACUUUGUAAGGAGGAUGAGAAAGGAAUAUGGAGAGCUAAAGAGGGUGGAAAUGAGCAUAUGGGAAUGCUGUGAGCUUCUGAAUGAGUUUGUGGAUGAGAGUGAUCCUGACUUAGAUGAACCUCAGAUUCAGCAUUUGCUGCAAACUGCUGAAGCUAUCAGAAAAGACUAUCCAGAUGAAGACUGGCUCCACUUGACUGCCCUUGUCCAUGAUCUUGGAAAAGUUCUUCUUCAUCCUGCUUUUGGUGAGCUCCCUCAAUGGGCUGUUGUGGGGGACACAUUUCCUGUUGGAUGUGCCUUUGAUGAAUCAAUCGUGCACCAUAAGUAUUUUCAGGAAAAUCAAGACAACAGAAACCCUGCUUAUAACACUAAAUACGGGAUUUACUCGGAAGGUUGUGGCCUGGACAAUGUCUUGAUAUCAUGGGGACAUGAUGAUUACAUGUACUUGGUUGCUAAGGAGAACAAAAGCACUCUUCCUUCAGCUGGACUCUUCAUCAUAAGAUACCACUCCUUCUAUGCUUUACAUAGGUGUGAUGCGUAUAAGCACUUGAUGAAUGAAGAAGACAUUGAGAAUGUGAAAUGGCUCAAGAUAUUCAAUAAAUAUGAUCUCUACAGCAAAAGCAAAGUCAUCAUAGAUGUUGACAAAGUCAAGCCAUACUAUUUAUCUCUCAUCAACAAGUACUUCCCUGGCAAGAUAAAAUGGUGAAGCAAGAGAGUGUAAAGGGCAUGAGAUGCAUGAAAUUCUCAUGUUUUGUUUUGAGUUUAAUAUUUUAUUAGUGAGCGUAAGGAGGUUUGUUAGAAAAAUAGGAAUAAAAGUGUU